AAAUCAGCUGUACUGAAGCUACAAGCACCCAAAUCAUCUUUCCACGACACCAAAGAAAUCUUAGCUCCUGCGAACCCUGAAAACCCCAUAAAAACAACAUUAAAGUAUUGAACAAGAUGAAGGGUGGAGAGACGAAGUUCUUACAAGAACUCAUAUUAUAUGCAGCCAGCGCCGCUUUCAGUUGCUUAGUUCUGUUCGUGGGUCUUCGUCAGCUCGACCCGAAUCGAGAAGCUUCCAAGAAAGCACACGAAGCCAAGAAAGAGAUUGCCAAGCGUCUUGGCAGACCUCUUAUUCAAACCAAUCCCUACGAGGAUGUAAUAGCUUGUGAUGUUAUUAAUCCUGAUCACAUUGAUGUGGAAUUUGAUUCAAUUGGAGGGCUGGAUAGCAUUAAGCAGUCACUGCAUGAAAUGGUCAUUCUCCCACUCUGUAGGCCAGAACUUUUUUCACAUGGGAAACUCCUUGGUCCUCAGAAAGGUGUGCUGUUAUAUGGGCCUCCAGGCACAGGAAAGACUAUGCUCGCAAAAGCUAUUGCAAAAGAGUCGGGGGCAGUUUUCAUUAACGUAAGAAUAGCAAAUCUUAUGAGCAAGUGGUUUGGUGAUGCACAAAAACUUGUGUCGGCUGUAUUUAGUUUGGCCCAUAAACUCCAACCUGCUAUUAUAUUUAUUGAUGAGGUCGACAGCUUUCUGGGUCAGCGGCGUUCUAGCGACCAUGAAGCAUUAACAAACAUGAAGACAGAGUUCAUGGCUUUAUGGGAUGGUUUCACCACUGAUCAAAAUGCAAGGGUAAUGGUUCUUGCGGCCACUAAUCGUCCAUCAGAGCUUGAUGAAGCAAUACUAAGACGUCUCCCCCAGGCUUUUAAAAUUGGAUUACCUGAUCGCAGGGGUAGAGUUGAUAUAUUAAAGGUUAUCUUGAAGGGGGAGAGGGUGGAGAGUUCAAUUGACUUUGAUCACAUAGCUGGUUUAUGUGAUGGGUAUAGUGGCUCAGAUCUUCUUGAGCUGUGCAAGCAGGCAGCCUAUUUUCCCAUCAGGGACCUUCUUAAUGCUGAAAAGAGUGGACUCGAAUCUUCGGAACCCAGGCCAUUAUCACAAUCAGAUCUUGAGAAAGUUCUAGCUACAAAAAGAAAAUCAAAGGCUGCUGCUAGUGAAUACACGAGGAUGAGUUCACAAUUGCCAGGAUGGUCAGGCAAUAGGGAGCCGGAUGAUAAUCAAGUGCGAGCUGCACUUAGUGAGCUAUCUAAGCUUAUGGUGUCCCAAGUUUUAAAUAUUCAGGCGGAGGACCAAGAUCCUUGAGGUUUUAACAAUGAUCUAGGAAACUGUUUUUUAUGUCCUGAUGCCAGACAGUAUGAGUUUCGUAAAUAUAUCUGCAUGAAGUGUACUCUAUCAUCUUUCAGUAUAUCUGAGUUCUGAAUAAUAUAAAUGGUUGACACGGUGUCAGUUUAAUCUUAUUUUACAUUUUAAAUUAAA